AUGAAAGCUAUCUACCUUCUGUUUGUCGUUCUGUCCGUCUUCCUUAUGUUUGAUACCACCAAUGGAAACAAAAUACUUGUAGCCGCCAAGGCUUUCAAAAAGGGCCGAAUGGACCUCAUGCAUCGCGGGAUGUAUGACCGUGCUGUCAACAACCGCGGAGAGUAUGCACCCCCACCAAACACCUACCCACUUCCCCCCUACAGGAUAGAUUAG